UUGUAUUGCCUUGUGGAGAUAGCAGCCUAUGUGAAAAACACAAGUGUAAAACAUAUCUCUUUAAUUUCGACUCAGGCAUGUAUGUGGUGGCAAUAUGUAUGACGGCGCUCAUAGUUUGUGCUGCUGCUAAGAAAAAGGGAGGCGGCAGCAGCUAUGCCCAGGGCUUGGACACUAUUGACUACAGUUUACGAGACAUGGAUUGUGACCAGCCGUUGUUCGUGAAUUUUGCCCCAAAGACCGAAGAAAUCCAGCUGGUAGAUAAUGCCUGCUACACUUACUUCCCUCUGCCAGACGACCCGAACACAUACCAAGUUUACUAUUCCAGGGUCUUCUGUGAUGGUUCCAGUGACGUAAUAUCCUACAUAUCCACAGACAUCGAGCGGGGAAUCACUAGAGAUGCGAAUCCAUACGUGACACUUACCAACGUAAUUUUUGGAUACGCCGGCUGUGAUACAUAUCUGGUCAUGAAGUACGAUAACUUUGGAGAUAGUGGUGAUCCAAGCCCAUACGUCUACGGGUUGUCGCCGAACUGCCACCCCCUCGGUCUGUCCUGUCUCCGCAAGGUAGAGGAGAUCGUGGGGUCCAGUUCUCUGCCAGAUAUAGAUUACUACGUGCUACCGCAGAAGCUACAGAACCGCUGUGUCACACAACAGCUCUGCAUCAACCCCACAACCAACAAUCAGUUCUACAAGAUUCUUGGCUUAGCCAAGCCGCUGUACUACUAACAGAACCACUGUGUCACACAACAGCUCUGCGUCAACCCCACAACCAACAAUCAGUUCUACAAGAUUCUUGGCUUAGCCAAGCCGCUGUACUACUAACAGAACCACUGUGUCACACAACAGCUCUGCGUCAACCCCACAACCAACAAUCAGUUCUACAAGACUCUUGGCUUAGCCAAGCCGCUGUACUACUAACAGAACCGCUGUGUCACACAACAGCUCUGUGUCAACCCCACAACCAACAAUCAGUUCUACAAGACUCUUGGCUUAGCCAAGCCGCUGUACUACUAACAGAACCACUGCUGUGUCACACAACAGCUCUGUGUCAACCUCACAACCAACAAUCAGUUCUACAAGACUUGGCUUAGCCAAGCCGCUGUACUACUAACAGAACCGCUGUGUCACACAACAGCUCUGCGUCAACCCCACAACCAACAAUCAGUUGUACAAGACUCUUGGCUUAGCCAAGCCGCUGUACUACUAACAGAACCGCUGUGUCACACAUCAGCUCUGCAUCAACCCCACAACCAACAAUCAGUUCUACAAGACUCUUGGCUUAGCCAAGCCGCUGUACUACUAACAGAACCGCUGUGUCACACAACAGCUCUGCGUCAACCCCACAACCAACAAUCAGUUCUACAAGACUCUUGGCUUAGCCAAGCCGCUGUACUACUAACAGAACCGCUGUGUCACACAACAGCUCUGUGUCAACCCCACAACCAACAAUCAGUUCUACAAGACUCUUGGCUUAGCCAAGCCGCUGUACUACUAACAGAACCGCUGUGUCACACAGCAGCUCUGCAUCAACCCCACAACCAACAAUCAGUUCUACAAGACUCUUGGCUUAGCCAAGCCGCUGUACUACUAACAGAACCGCUGUGUCACACAACAGCUCUGUGUCAACCCCACAACCAACAAUCAGUAGUACAAGACUCUUGGCUUAGCCAAGCCGCUGUACUACUAACAACAGAAACGUUGGUUCCACAUCAGCUCUGCGUCAACCCCACAACCAACAAUCAGUUCUACAAGACUCUUGGCUUAGCCAAGCCGCUGUACUACUAACAGAACCGCUGUGUCACACAGCAGCUCUGCAUCAACCCCACAACCAACAAUCAGUUCUACAAGACUCUUGGCUUAGCCAAGCCGCUGUACUACUAACAGAACCGCUGUGUCACACAACAGCUCUGCGUCAACCCCACAACCAACAAUCAGUUCUACAAGACUCUUGGCUUAGCCAAGCCGCUGUACUACUAACAACAGAAACGCUGGUUCACACAUCAGCUCUGCGUCAACCCCACAACCAACAAUCAGUUCUACAAGACUCUUGGCUUAGCCAAGCCGCUGUACUACUAACAGAACCGCUGUGUCACACAACAGCUCUGCGUCAACCCCACAACCAACAAUCAGUUCUACAAGACUCUUAGCUUAGCCAAGCCGCUGUACUACUAACAGAACCGCUGUGUCACACAACAGCUCUGUGUCAACCCCACAACCAACAAUCAGUAGUACAAGACUCUUGGCUUAGCCAAGCCGCUGUACUACUAACAAAAUGUUGGUUCCACAUCAGAACAUCCUGUUUGUGGGACUUUUCCUAAAACCCCCAGUAUUUGAAGACAACUGAAACCGACACAAAAUUACAGGCCUACUUCAUCUACUUAGUUAUAGAAGCACAUUCAGUCCUUAAAUCAAGUUGUGUAAACAGAGAUGCUCUGUACCUUGCAUCAUGAUGGUCGUAUCUGUAUUUAUUUUUCUCAAAUGUUAACUGUUCCAACCCCCAAUUACACAAAAAGCUGGUGUGAAAUAUUUUAUAAUGAAUAUUUUAUUUUAUUUUAUUAAAAUAUUUUAUAAAGUUUA